GUCCUUUCUCCCCCUAAUUAAGAGCUUCUUCAAACACCAAAUUUCUGGAGAAAGAAGGAUCAAAAAGCUAGAGAAGAAAGAAAAACAGUAUGGCUUCUUCAAGCUAUACAAACUCACCAUGUGCAGCAUGCAAAUUCCUAAGAAGAAAAUGCUUAGCUGAUUGCAUAUUUGCACCCUAUUUUCCCCCUGAAGAGCCAACCAAAUUUGCCAAUGUUCACAAGAUCUUUGGAGCCAGCAAUGUGAGCAAGCUUCUCAAUGAGGUUCAACCCCAUCAGCGCGAGGAUGCCGUAAAUUCUCUAGCUUAUGAGGCCGAGGCUCGUAUGAAAGACCCUGUCUACGGCUGCGUUGGGGCCAUCUCCGUUUUGCAACGACAAGUUAUUCGUCUCCAAAAAGAGCUUGACGCUACGAAUGCUGAUUUGGUACGAUAUGCAAGCGGUAGCGCCCGCCCGCCCUCACAAUAUGGAAGGAGAGCAACAACUGCCUCGGUGAGUAGUACUCGCCAUCAUUCUGGUCUGUCUUUUCUUUCUCCCUUGAGCAGUAAUCAUCACGAUGAUCCUUAUUGCCAUGAAAAUGAGGAAGGCAAUUGAAAAUCUUGUAUGAAUUUGUGAGUGAAAUUUUUCUUUCUAUUUUCUUUGGGGUUUUCCAUUAAUUAGUUCGAUCCAAUCCCUUGUUCCUCUCAUGUACCAAGCUUUCUUUUUGGGUAUAUUUUUCUCUCUUUAUCUAUAACUGU